AUGAAUUUUUGCAUCCAGGUCAGCGGCCUCCAGACCAAUAUCUACAUGACGAGCUUGUUGGAAGUCGUCGAGGAAGAAGGGGAAAUAUACCCUUGCGAAUGCCACGAGCAACUGUUGCGGAUCCGCAUCCGAGAUCCGCCACAGCCGCCUUCGUCGUCGCGGACCGACAAGCACCAGCAGCGAGUGUCGGCCAAGGCGCCGCCGGGUGUCAACAACACCGGGAGCACCGACCGCCGCCAGCACCGACAACCCGGCGGCGGCAGUGGUGGUGGCGGCUACACGGCGACGCGGAUGACGAACGGCACCGACAGCCUUGGCUCGGAAAUGGAAGACGACGAUGAUCAGCUGUCGUCAGUGGGUUCCGAGUGCCCGUCGAAUAAUUCAGAAGAGUCGGAGGAGUCGUCCGAGUCUGACUCAGGGACGCCGUCCACGUUCAAGUGUUUGGACUGUCUGAGAUACCUGUGCGACGACUGUGCCGAGCUUCAUUCUCAGAACGAGAUUAGAGCAUCUGGAGAUCCACAUCGAGUGGCUCCUUUGUCGGAAGUGCACGCGUGCGAAGAUUCUACCGAGCCGUACUUGUACUGCCCCAGUCAUGCCGGUCAGCGCUUGAGAUUUUACUGUCGCGACUGCGAGUCUGCGAUAUGUAUCAGUUGCACUGACAUCGAACACCGUCACCACAACACGGCCAGGUUGCAUCACGCUGUGAUGGAGCAUCGGGUUGCUCUGCGACAGCUGCUAGACCGAGUACUUUGCAAGGUGCCAUUGUUGGAGUCGGCUUUUGAAGGUGUUUCUGAAACCUUGUCGCAGCUUCACCUUUCACGAGAUGAAGCAGAGCAUAGUAUCACGAUGUCUUUCGCAGGCUUGCAAGCAGCCCUGGAAACGAGGCAGAACCAGUUGCUUGAUGCCCUGGAUUCUGCGUGCAAAACAAAAUCCGAGAGUCUCCGGGACCAAUCCGAGGAACUUUCCGAGUAUCUUUCCGAGAUCCGGUCGAGCUGCGAGUUCGUCAGUCGAGCUUUGAGUGUGGGCUCGGACACGGAAGUGCUGAUGGUGCGGAAGCAGCUCGGGGACCGACUAGAGGCACUUUCCACGUCCGCCAUGACAAACAGCGCCGCCACUUCGUCAGUGUCCUUGCCGGCGUCUGUGGGGCUAUCGCUGUCGGUGUCGCCGAGAGGCAGCGGCAGCGGUAGAGGUCGACCGUCAGAUCUGCAGUUCCCCGCAGGCCGCAGGCAGCAGCUGAACAAGGGCGCGCCGUUGAGCGUUCCAUCCGUCAGAAGUGGAGUCUGUCAGAACGAGGAUACUGAAUAUUGGAGCCAUUUCCGAAUGCAGCGCAGUUCCUUGGAGAUCGUCGUGUCACCCGUACGGGAAGAAUCGUCGCAGCGACCCGGAAUGGCGAUGCCUCGCUGGCAGACAGGCUUGAGUUUACCAGGGGACCAAUCCGAGGAACUUUCCGAGUAUCUUUCCGAGAUCCGGUCGAGCUGCGAGUUCGUCAGUCGAGCUUUGAGUGUGGGCUCGGACACGGAAGUGCUGAUGGUGCGGAAGCAGCUCGGGGACCGACUAGAGGCACUUUCCACGUCCGCCAUGACAAACAGCGCCGCCACUUCGUCAGUGUCCUUGCCGGCGUCUGUGGGGUUAUCGCUGUCGGUGUCGCCGUCUCCGUCGCCGUCGCCAUCUCCAGCUGGCAGUCUAGACGUCAAGGGGCGUCCGGCGUCCGUCGUCGACUUGUUCCCGCGCGGCAACUCGCACAUUGCGUUCCAUCCGUCAGAAGUGGAGUCAGUCAGAACGAGGAUACUGAAUAUUGGAGCCAUUUCCGAAUGCAGCGCAGUUCCUUGGAGAUCGUCGUGUCACCCGUACGGAAAGAAUCGUCGCAGCGACCCGGAAUGGCGAUGCCUCGCUGGCAGGCCGUGUAGGGUUCUGGUGAAGCUGAGCGACUUCAGGGGAGAACCCGCGACGUCGGGUGGCGCCUUAGACGUGCUGAAAGCGGAUUUGCAGCCAGCUCAUCCCAUGGUGGGUCGCCCUCCCACGCAGAUUGACCCCGUGCGACCCGGUGAACUGGAAGUCAGCUUUUCUUUGCCGACCGAAGGCGACUACUUCCUCGGGCUGACCUUGUUCGAUCAUCACAUCAACGGAAGUCCAAUCAAGCCAGCUCAUCCCAUGGUGGGUCGCCCUCCCACGCAGAUUGACCCCGUGCGACCCGGUGAACUGGAAGUCAGCUUUUCUUUGCCGACCGAAGGCGACUACUUCCUCGGGCUGACCUUGUUUGAUCAUCACAUCAACGGAAGUCCAAUCAAGGUGAUCGCGAUAAGAGACGACGACUCGUCUUCAGGCGACAGGCCGGCAUCGAAAUUGGCACGCACUUCGGCUGCCAACCGUUUGUCUGUGAGCAGCAGCGUGCCGGGUGGGCUCUGUGGUAGUCACAGUGCGAAUGCUGGCAGCUCUGUGCGGUCCCGACGAACGUCUCGCAGUUCUUUAGGUUCAGCAAUGAGCAUGUCCGGCAACCCCAGGAAACUAGUUGCUGUUGUCCCCGACGACCUGUUGGGAAGGAUUGGCAGGAAGGGACGAGCUGUCGGCGAGUUCGCUAAUCCCCAGGGCGUGUGCUGUCUACCAGAAGGUACGAUUGCAGUUUCGGAUUCCAACAACCAAUGCGUUCAGGUGUUCACCGAAAAAGGCGAAUGCGUUUUGAGGUUCGGAACCCGAGGGCGUGGGGUGGGUCAGCUGCAACGCCCCACCGGCAUCUCCACGCUGCCCAAUGGUAACUUCGUCAUCGCUGACUAUGAAAAUCGAUGUUUGUCAGUUUUCGACGCGUCAGGCAAGUUCCUGUCACGAGUGGGGGUCAACAAGCUUCUAGGUCCGAAGGGGGUCAUGACGGACAGCGAGGGCAGAAUAAUUGCUGUCGACAACAAAGGGUCUUGCGUCGUCGUAUUCAGCGGAGAAAAUGGGAAAAUCCUGAACCGGUUCGGCACGCGUGGCCUCCAAGCUUCGCAAUUAGCCGGUCCUCAUUACGUCGCCUUAACUCACCGAGGACAGAUGGUCGUGUCGGAUUUCCACAAUCACUGCAUCAAGGUGUUUGACAAGACAGGAAAAUAUGCUUUCGGCUUCGGGUCAAACGGUGAAGGAAAUGGGCAGUUUAAUGCCCCAACAGGUGUCGUGGUUGAUAACCUCGACAACAUAAUUGUUGCCGAUUGGGGCAACAGCCGACUACAAGUGUUCGACUACCAAGGCACUUUUAUGGGCUACAUCAACAGCCACACGGACCCACUAUAUGGUCCGCAGGAUCUCAGCAUCACGACAGCUGGUGUCGUCGUGGCUGUCGACUCGGGCAACCAUUGCGUCAAGCUUCUCGACAACAAAUAUGGCAUCUGAAAGUUUCAACAUUUCCAGAUCCAUCAGCAGUGUGGUCCCUGGAAUGACAACAAAAUGCCUGUUCCCUGGAUAUACACAAAAGGGGGAAACCAGUUAUCCCUGGCUUUUGAUUUCCACAUGCCACUUUUUUUUUAAUCAUGAUGACGACGAACGGCGAAUCUGACUAUGGAAGAACAACUUCAGAAUGAAUUCUUGGCAAAUCUUUGCUUGUCGAAUUUUUCAAUGACGAUUAUAUGUUCCUAUAUGAACAAUUCGGAACGUUUAAAAAAGAACAGCAGCGUCUCAUUCUCAAAAGAAAACAUACCAAAUUUUAUUUUGAUUUCCAAAUUCAUUUUAUAUUUUGAGGAACACGAGAAAGAGCCCCAUGCAUGUUCCUCACUUUCGUGCAGAAAGAAAAUGCGUGUAUCUGAUUCCGCAAGCGUGAUUUGAAUACCUGAAUGGAGCAAAGACUGGCGAACUUGUUCGCAGCUGCUGCAAGCUUAUUGCUGAAUAUCGUUCAUUGAUUUGAUGUUGAAAUAAAUUUGUUUUAUUUUGAUUGAAAA